CAGAGGAGUCAGCUUUUCUAUUUUCGGAUUUCUGAACUCCGAAAUAAGGGUAGGGUGUCAGCUUUCUUACUUUCGGACUUGGCAACUCCGAAUCCAGAGGAUGAGAUUUCGGGCUCCGUGAUUGGUUGGCUACAGAUCGGUUUGUUGUUAUAAAUUGACCUUCAACCUCCAUUCUCCCAUACCUUCAACCACCCCUUUCUACCCUCCUCUCAUCCUCUUUAUUGUUUAUUGAAAGGUUUGUAAUGGCCGAACGAGUUGCACACCCAGGGCCUCAGGAUCGUUCAGUGUUGUUUAUGCUACCGGAUGAGCAUCGUGCCGAUCGUGUGUGGCAUGAAUCAUCAUUUCGUGACGUCAAACUGAAAUGCCAGCACUAUUCGAGAGAAGCCUACGUUGAGGAGGGUCCGCGUCAUCCUAGGGUGGUACAGUUGCUGAGAGUAUCGGGCUUUCAUGGUGUGGAGAGAAUAGGACAAUUGCAGUUAGAUUGGUCUCUUGUGACUGCGUUAGUGGAGAGGUGGAGACCCGAGGUACAUGCAUUUCAUUUGCCCUUUGGUGAGGUAGGAUUGACCUUGCAGGACGUACAAGUGUUGUUGGGGUUGCCUAUUGACGGCAUACCACUCACGGUUAAUCUAUCCAGACGUGUUUGUGACUGCGGUUGUUGGAGGAUGAACGGAAUGCCAUGUGUCCAUGCACAUUCUGUGUGCCAUUUUCUAAAUUGCAGUGUUGAUUAUCUUAUUCCUGAGGUAUACAAACUGAGUUCUUACAUAAAUGCACAUUCCAGUGAUAUCAUGCCAUUUCCGAAUAUGAAUGAGUGGCCGCAAAAUGAGUUCAUUCUUCUUCCGCCUAAGUACUCUUCCAGAACUUCUCGAGCUGGGCGCCGUCAAGAAACAAGAUUUCCAAAUGAGAUGGAUAUGCGUCCAAGACGAAGAGGACAACAUGAUUGAUUUGUAUUUGUACUCUUAUAAUGUAAUCUGUUUUUGUACUUUGUUUUAAUGUUUUAAAAUAUUUAUUAGCCAUAUGUUUUAUAUGUACCUUUAAUAUGACUUAUUGUGCAAUGAACUUUGUUUUAUUUUGAAUUCGUAUGACUUUAAUUUAUGGG